UAAAGGAUAUUAAUGAAAAGGGGCGUCCCUCCCUGCAGACAACAAGUCCAUUUUAGUCGACCGCCCUCCAUGUCAGUACGGUCACAAGAUUCGUUUGUUUCUGUUUUACACCAUCAGUUCUAUUAAAUUUUAUUUAGAAAAUGUCAUACGAAGAUGACGACAAUUAUCCACAUGUGGCCUGUGGAUCCUUCCCGAAAGAUUUUAACUAUGGACUUGACGAGGGAGAUGGAGAUUAUCCCAAUUCUCUUCCAGGUGAAUGUAAGCCCCGUAUUCUAUUGAUGGGGCUUAGAAGGAGUGGAAAGUCAUCUAUUCAGAAAGUUGUUUUUCAUAAAAUGUCACCAAAUGAAACAUUAUUUUUAGAAAGUACAAAUAAAAUAGUUAAAGAUGAUAUAUCCAAUAGUUCCUUUGUUCAGUUUCAAAUCUGGGAUUUCCCUGGACAGAUAGAUUUCUUUGAUCCUACAUAUGACAUAGAAAUGAUAUUUGGUGGAUGCGGUGCUCUUGUUUACGUUAUAGACGCACAGGAUGAUUAUAUGGAAGCAUUAUCAAAACUUCACAUGACAGUGACAAAGGCAUACAAAGUCAAUCCAGACAUAAAAUUUGAAGUAUUUAUUCAUAAAGUAGACGGGUUGUCAGACGAUCAUAAAAUAGAAACGCAGAGAGAUAUUCAUCAGAGGGCAAAUGAUGAUUUAUCUGAUAAUGCUUUAGACAACAUAAAUUUAAGCUUUUAUCUUACCAGUAUCUAUGAUCAUUCUAUAUUUGAAGCUUUCAGCAAAGUUGUACAGAAACUUAUUCCUCAGCUUCCGGCUUUAGAAAAUCUUCUCAACCUAUUUAUUUCGAAUUCUGGAAUAGAAAAGGCAUUUCUAUUUGAUGUAGUUAGCAAAAUUUAUAUCGCUACCGAUAGUUCACCGGUCGACAUGCAGUCGUACGAACUCUGCUGUGACAUGAUUGAUGUAGUCAUUGAUAUAUCUUGUAUUUAUGGAUUACCUGAUGAUGGAGAAGGUAGUCCAUUUGAUAACUGGUCUUCAAGUAUUAUUAAGCUUAACAAUGGAACCGUUCUAUACUUGAGGGAGGUGAACAGAUUUCUUGCUUUGGUCUGUAUUUUAAGAGAAGACAAUUUUGAUAGACAAGGACUCAUCGAUUACAACUUCCACUGUUUCCGGGAAGCGAUCAGGGAAGUGUUUGAAGUACGAUUCAAGGGAAAGAAACCGAUGCCUCAAUUCUACAACUCUCUGGAUAGUGCCCAAAGUAACGGCUACUUGGAGCAGCCGUAGAUCAAUAGCGGAGAUUGGCAGAUCGGCCGGUCUACUUCAAAUCUUUUCCAAUAAUUGGAAGUGAUAAAUGAUACUAAAUGUGGUAAAAUACGUAAGGAAGUCGGUUUUGUGCCGAACAUUGAUUUUUGUAGAACUGGUUUUAUAUAAAACGGAAGGGAUGUCGACAGACAGUACAAUUUGUGUCUAAGUUAAUUUAUGGUAAAGCCACCCGACGACGAAGUAUUAUCAUACUGCUAUGUACGACCAUUGCAUUGCGGUAAGCCACAUUGCCACGUGCUCUGUUGUUAUUUUAAUGCGGUACACUAAUUCAAUCAUUGGCAAUUUAAUAAUGUAAAGCCAUCUGGAUAUAUUCCAUUGUAAUUAUUUGUUGAUGACAGGCAUCAUCCGAAGCAAAUUGAUUAUUGAGAUAAUUGCAAACAAAAGUUUGUUAGAUAAUUGAAAAAUUAUUCAAAGUGGAUUUCUUUGGUAAAUUA